AUGGAGACCAUAAAGCAGAUCAAAAAGAAGUUGACGGUGACCCAGAUCUGCGUCCUAGGCGCAUCCAGCAUCUUCUUCAUCCUGAUCAUCCUCCUAUUCAUCUUCUGCCUCUAUGCAAACCGUCAAUCCCGGCUCGAGACGGAAGAAGGCGGCCGGAUGGCCAGGGGUCACUGGAGGGACGGGGAGGCGGAUAUAGAAGUCAGGAGGGUGAGCGAGCCGUAUGCUCGGUUGGCGACGACGGGGCCAGCGGGACCGGCGACAAGAGGGGAUAAGCAGAGGAUGGAUCGAGGUCCCGGGGGAGGGGCGGGGCCGGAGACCGGCGGAUAA